UUCCCUCUGCUGCAGAGGCAGAGCAGUUCCAUCUCCCUAGCUUCCACCAUGUGAGAGAGAGCGAGGUUGGUAAAAUAUGUCUUUGUUUUCUAGCCCAACAGCCUUACCCACUGACCAGAAAACCCCAAAAGCUCGAUCACUACCCAAAUGAAACAAAACAACUUUGUUCUGACAAGUCGAUUUUGAUGGCUCGAUCGAAGUCGGAACCAAAAACAAACGUAUAGAGCAUCUAAUUCGUCAUAUUCUGCGCAUCUUAGUUACAACUCCUCACCUCCACAGCUUCCCCACCUUCACAGCCUCCUUUCUUCUGUAAGAGCUUCGAAAAAGUCUCGAGCUUUUUCUUCCAUGUCCUCGGACUUUUCAUCAGCUAUGAGUACUGCUGCUGCUGCGUUUGCUGCCUUCUCCUUCGGUCCUUCCCAGUGUCAAUUAUGUCAAGCUGAUGGGUCUUCCUGCUCAACACCAAAUGGGAUCACAACUGGUUGGAUGAAAAACACUAUUGACAAUAGUACUGAUGUUCUCAGCUCAAGGUCUGGAAGUUCGAUCUUUGGAUCAGGAUCAUUAUUCCCUUGGUCAAGCAGAAGACGUGAUCAGAGCCAUUUGAAAGUGUCGGUUGCUGCUAAUUAUUCUGAUUCACCAUUUCCCGACUCGUCUAGUUAUACGAGUGCAAGAAGCUAUCAUCCUCUGGAAGAAGUGAUAGUCGGUAGAAGGAGACCGGAACCUCAGUUGACACCAGCUGAGAUUGCAAGAACAACUGUCGAGGCUAACAGCAGCGCUCUGGUGGUCUUUCCUGGAAUAGUACACCGUGAACCACAUGAAGAAAUCACAUGGGCGGAGUUACAGUAUGUUGUUGAUGAUUAUGGAGAUAUAUAUUUUGAGAUUUUUGAUGAUAAGAACGUCUUGCGAGAUCGUCAAGCUAUUAAUCCUGUGAAUGCUUUUAUUGGGAUGGACGUCCCGAUAUAUGAGAAUAGAAGAGUUGCGAGCGAAUAUGACAUAUUCAGUGUCAGAGAUGCAGACGAUAUACCCAUUGACAAUGACUUUUUUCCGAUCAUGGAUUACAAAGCCUCUGAUGUUCCAGUUGACUGGGGGAUGCCAGACACUUGUACUUGGGUUCAUCCAAUUCAUUUUGCCAAGUGCUUAUCAAAGGCUAUUGAUACCGAGCAUGGUAUAAAAAUGGGCUAUCCAUCAAAUGGUGUUUCUAUUGUUGGGUGCCUCAGACCUGCUUUUGAUGAUGAGGAAGCAUACUACAGAUCAGUAUGUUGUUCUGAAGAUAGCGAUGGCUAUAAUUCAGACUCCAGAGAUGGGGAGAUUCCGAAUUUAAGCUCCAAAAAGGACGUGUUUAGAUCCGCAACUAUUUAUCGGUUCGAGAUCAUCAGUAUAGAUCUAUUUUCAGUAUAUGGUACUCAGAAACCAAUAGGAUUUUCAGAAUUUCAAAAUGCCGAGGCUGAUGUCCUUCUAAACUGUGUGCCAACAAUCCUAGAACGCCUCGAUGAUAGAGGAAUUGACGUUGAUUCUGCUCUUAAAGCUCUUUGCAAGAAAAAAGGCAUUGAUAGCGAGGAGGCGCAUUUGAUUGGAGUUGAUAGCCUUGGCUUGGAUGUUAGAAUUUCCUCCGGAGUGGAAGUACGAACUCAUCGUUUUCCCUUCAAAGUCCACGCUAGAUCAGAAGUUGCUGCAGAAAAACAGAUUCACCAACUAUUAUUCCCACGGUCUCGUAGGAAGAAACGAAAUCAAGGGGACAGGAUAAGGGACUCGAGAUCACACUGAUAUCUCUCUGCUGUGCUCAGAACCUCCAUGACCAAUAAGAAAUGACUGAGCUACAUAAAUGCUUCUGUGGCCUUACCAGGAAAGAACCUAGGGAAGGAUCUUGCUCGCAUCUGACUUACCCCUGACUCCUAGUUCUUUUCGUGGUGGCCUGCUUGUAUUGAUGAGGAUCAUUUCUUAUUGUGGGUUGAUUCGUGUUUGAUCUAGUAACCAUUUGUGUUAGAUCUGAUCAAGAAACUUGAGCUCAAGAGAAAGCACCUGGGCCGACUUGUUGUAUAUUGCACUGAAUAAUGAAGGUUUGCUUGUAAGACUUGUUUUGAGCCUUCUAAUAAUAUACUGCUGCACACAAAACAAAACUGCUGUUUCAAGUUUCCAUUUCUGAAGC